GAGGAGAUCGUGGGAGGUGAAAUUGUUGUCAAGGCAGAACCCAGAGGCCUCAAGCUGUCACGCUCUACCUCUCACAAGAUCGAGAAGCGCGCACCUCAGAUGUACCACGAGUAUGAGGACAAGACCAAAGAGGCCACAUCGACAUUUGAGCUUCUGUCGGAAUGCACAUACGCCAACAAGUACUUGGGCACCACCGAGCAUGCGCUGGAGUGCGACUGCUCUGAGGAGUGGGACGCACCUUCCCGCUCGAACCAUGCCUGUGGCGAAGACUCUGACUGUAUCAACCGUGCGACCAAAAUGGAAUGUGUUGCUGACUGCAAUUGCGGGUCAAAAUGCCAAAACAUGCGGUUCCAGCGGAAGAAGUACGCCAACGUCGAUGUCAUCAAGACGGAGAAGAAAGGCUACGGUCUCCGAACGCAGACUGACCUUCGACCAAACGACUUCAUCUUCGAGUACAUCGGUGAAGUCAUCGGCGAGAAUGUUUUCCGACGUCGCAUGCAGCAGUACGACGAAGAUGGCAUCAAGCACUUCUAUUUCAUGUCCCUCACAAAAGGCGAAUUUGUGGAUGCAACGAAAAGAGGCAAUCUGGGACGAUUCUGUAAUCAUUCUUGCAACCCGAAUUGCUACGUCGACAAGUGGGUGGUGGGCGACAAGCUGCGUAUGGGCAUCUUUGCUGAGCGCGCUAUACAAGCUGGAGAGGAGCUGGUCUUCAAUUACAACGUCGACCGAUACGGCGCCGAGCCACAACCAUGCUACUGCGGCGAAGCAAACUGCACGGGAUAUAUCGGUGGCAAGACACAGACCGAGCGCGCGACCAAGCUUCCCAACUCCAUCAUCGAAGCUCUUGGAAUUGACGAUGCCGACGCUUGGGACACAGCGGUUGCGAAGCGUCCUCGGAAGAAGAAGGCUGGGGAGGAUGACGAAGAAUAUGUCAACAACGUCGAGCCUAGAGGUCUUGACGAAGAAGGCGUGAACAAAGUCAUGUCCUCACUCAUGCAGUGCAAGGAGAAGUGGAUUGCCGUCAAGCUUCUCACCCGCAUUCAGCGCGCCGAUGAUGAGAAGGUCCGAAACCGAGUCGUUCGCUUUCACGGAUACCGGAUCUUGAAGACCGCUUUGACGAACUUCGCAGAUGAUGUGAAUGUCUGCUUGCAGAUCAUUGACAUUCUGGAGAAAAUGCCGCGACUCACCCGAAACAAGAUCCAGGACUCAAAAAUCGAGGAAGCUGUGGAGACUUUGGUCACCAAUGCAGACGAAGGUGUUUCAUCACGAGCAAAGACACUUCUGGCCGCAUGGGGCAAGCUUGAGAUUGCAUACCGGAUACCACGUAUGAAGCGCGAUCCAAAUGCUGUGGUCCACGACCGCAAGCUUGAUCGACUCGACCGACCCGAAAGGCGCAAGUCACGGUCUGUAUCAAAGUCGCCAGAGAGAAUUGUUGCUCCGACAGGACCUCGAAAUGCACCGCAACGACCGAAUAACUUCUUUGGAAAUGCCAGGCCUCCUCCUCGCUUCCGACCGCCACCACCUGGUGCACUACCUCCCGGCUGGUUCGAGGCACAGGCAGGGCCCGGCCAGACCUACUAUUACACUCAGAACGGAACCACCACAUGGCAAAGACCUACCAUUCCUGCCAGUGCCGCACCUCCACCGCCUCCGCCCAAGGCGAUCUCACAACAACAAGUGCUUGAUGAUCUUAUCAAGAACAUUGUUGCAACGCAGAAAGAGGUGGCGCCGAAGCCUGCAUCCGCUGCCGCGACUCCGAUGAUCACUCCAAAGAAAGAGCGCAAGGAGGAUAAGUGGCGGUCUCUGCCUGAAGAGAAGCAGAAGAAGCUAUACGAGGGUACACUCUCACCACACAUCAUGCAUGUGGUCGCGAAAUACAAGCACAAACUGCCCAAGGAUGAGCUCAAGCGCUGGGCGAAAGAGUUCGCCAAGCAGGUGGUAGAUUCGGACUUUCGGAAGAAUAAAGUCGCCGAUCCAAACAAGAUUGACGACAAGAAGAUCAAAGACGUCCGAAAGCAUGCGCAGACAUUCUUUGAGAAGGCCGUCAAGAAGAAGCAGGCCGCCGAAGCGAAGAGAGCUGGCAAGGAUACAUCCAAGGAUAUUGGCGGCAACUCCGCCGAGGACUCUCCUGCCGCGCCUGGAAGCCCGAUGCUCGUUGAAGACAACGAUGAUGACGAUGCUGACCAAGGUCGAGAACAGGACGUUGCCAUGUCUGUCGAUGCCAUCGAUGCCAUCGAUGCCACGCCUGCCACGCCGACCGCUGCUGCUCUGAAACGACUUCGUGGAGAUGAAUCCAUGACCGAUGCUGACAAUGCCUUUUCCAAGAAACAGCGCACGGAAUCUGUCGAAGCUUUCGCUCCGCCUCCUCCACCGCCUCCUCCGCCCGCCGGCGAUGAU